AUGGAAAUUGGAUCGAGACCGUUGAACGUCAAUCCCAGAAAGAUCCAUAUAUGGAGGGCUACCCGGGACAAGAUAUUCGCAGCAAGGUUGCUUCAGAAGAGCUUGCGAAUCCCACUGGAAUUCAAUGAAGCGGAUAAUACUCUAUUCGAAAAAUUAAAAGCAGACCCCGACAAUGCUUUCCGCAACCAAUGGACAUCGCUGUUGAGGCACGAGAAACCUUUUCACUGGCAGCGCUUGUCGCUGUGGUUGUUAUAUCACUCGCCCGAGCUUGUGCCAGACUUUUUACGGAUCACUUGUCAAGAUACCGACAAACCGAAACUUAUAUUUGUGACUGACUGUAUUCGAUUUCUGUUAAAGCUGUAUCCUGAUGUUGUGGAUCAGUCACUUAUCACAAGUUGCUUGCAUCCGGACAACUGGCCCAGCCAUCAUCUACCCCAAAAGGCGGUUCGAAUUUACGUCGAAAAUUCGGAGCGCAAUGCCGUAUACUACGCUUGGUCCGUCGCGCGCAAGGAAAAGAUGGUUCUGACACCCGAAACACUUCUAUGUUUUGUGAAGCGAUUUACGGAACUUGGUGACGUCGACAGUGCUAUUGAAGCCAUUCGAAUGGUUCAAACUAUGGAAAAUCCGGAAUUUUCUAUGGACUCAGAAGCGGUUCUUCGCCAUUGCUGCAAGCUACUCACGCUUGACUCCGUUGUGGGCGCUGGAAGCGAGCGCAAUUUUCGCAUACUUCCGAAGCUCCUUGAGCUGGGAGUUCAGCCCACUCGCGACCUGAUGAACGUUGUUCUCUCGAAUGCGUAUAAAACUGGUGACUCUCAGCUCGGGCAGGACAUAUUAAAUUACAUGCAAGCUCAAGGGCUGAAACCCGACUCUUAUACCUACCUAACCUUACUCACAAAUGCUGUUGGCGCGGGCGAUAGCCAACGCCUCGAAGCUUUGCUGCAAGAGAUCCAAGUCAAGGAGGAACUACACCGCAACCCUUGGAUCAUGAGCAAGGUUCUCCAUGCGCAUUUCCUUUCCAUGAUCAAAGAAAACGACUUCAGUGAUGAUCCCAAUGCCUUCUUCUACUCCAUGCUGGCCAUGUAUAAUCGAUUGCAUGAUAUCACCCCACUAAAAGAGCUCUCUGUCGUUCCUUAUCACUAUACCCCCCCGAGCGGCAGCGGCGAUUCCCCGCCGUCCGUUGUUGCUUUAUAUAUUGUCAUUUCAACAUAUCUUCGGUGUGUGAAGAGCAUUGUGAACGUGGAACAUGUUUACUCGCGUUUUCGACAACUCGUGUUGGAGGGCCAUGGCACGAUCGCUCCGCUCGCAGCAACCGAUCACACAUAUAAUGAAUUUUUAGUAGCGUUCCGAAAUGACCCUCGAGGGCUGCGACCUGCAGUACGUCUAGUUGAAGACAUGCUAAGUUCUGUUCCCAAGGACGCCCAUAUCACCAAGAAAAUUGCGCGGAUCGAAGUCGAGCAUGCACCGCCAAGUUCCCAAACCUGGAAUAUCCUGAUGAGUUGCUUUGUGUUCAACAGGCAACCCCAUGCUGCUGAUAAAGUGAAGGCAAUGAUGGGCAAGCACGGAGUACCCUGUCUAAUCGACACUUGGAACAUGAUCAUCAACAACCAUGCCAACUCCCAAAACGUUCCCGCGCUCGCGCAAGCAAUCAAGCAGAUGGAACUCGAAGGCUUUACACCGGAUAAAUAUACACACAAUUCUCUGCGUUUUCUGCGAGAUCCAGAACGGCUUUGGGCUGCCGUCGAGGAGUUAGACCAGGGACCCGAUUCAGAUUCUGGAGUUGAGCCAUCCAGUCAGGCAGCUACGAAAGAGCCAGAUAGCGUGUCUUUGCUUGAUCAAGGUCUGCAAAGAUUGAAGGACAGUAUGAAGGCGAAAACAUGA